UACAACUUCUAAUUAAUAAGAAAAAAAGUUGCACUUAUUUGAUAAAUUUCCAUUUUCAUUGCCUUCGAGUCUCGGAUCGGCGAUUGCCAUUUCUUUCUCAGGCUGCUCCGAGGAGUCGUAGACUCGCACACAGAGAGAGAGAGAGAGAGAGCGAUAGCGAUAGAGAGAGAGAUGAGCGGACACGACUCCAAGUACUUCUCCACCACCAAGAAGGGUGAAAUCCCUGAGCUCAAAGAAGAGCUUAAUUCUCAGUACAAGGAUAAGAGAAAAGAUGCAGUAAAAAAGGUAAUUGCUGCUAUGACUGUUGGGAAGGAUGUUUCAUCACUGUUCACAGAUGUUGUCAAUUGCAUGCAAACAGAGAAUUUGGAGCUCAAAAAGCUUGUUUAUCUAUAUCUCAUCAACUAUGCUAAAAGUCAACCCGAUCUAGCUAUACUUGCAGUAAAUACAUUUGUGAAGGAUUCACAAGAUCCAAAUCCGCUGAUUCGUGCUUUGGCUGUACGGACAAUGGGAUGCAUCCGUGUUGAUAAAAUUACAGAAUAUCUGUGCGAUCCUCUUCAGAGAUGUCUCAAGGAUGAUGAUCCCUAUGUUCGCAAGACGGCAGCUGUAUGUGUUGCUAAACUAUAUGACAUAAAUGCUGAGCUAGUAGAGGACAGGGGGUUUCUAGAAGCUCUUAAAGAUUUGAUAUCUGACAAUAAUCCAAUGGUUGUAGCAAAUGCUGUAGCAGCACUUGCAGAGAUUCAGGAGAACAGUAACAGACCUAUCUUUGAGAUCACGAGCCACACACUUUCAAAGCUCCUUACUGCUCUAAAUGAAUGCACAGAGUGGGGUCAAGUUUUCAUAUUGGAUGCACUGUCCAAGUACAAGGCAGAGGAUGCUCGUGAAGCUGAAAAUAUAGUGGAGCGAGUUACUCCAAGAUUACAGCAUGCAAAUUGUGCAGUAGUGCUUUCGGCUGUUAAGAUGAUCCUCCAACAAAUGGAACUCAUCACAAGUACCGAUGUGGUUCGAAAUCUUUGCAAGAAAAUGGCGCCUCCUCUUGUGACUUUACUUUCUGCUGAACCGGAGAUUCAGUAUGUUGCAUUGCGGAACAUCAACCUUAUUGUUCAAAGACGGCCUACAAUACUUGCCCAUGAAAUCAAGGUAUUUUUCUGCAAGUACAAUGAUCCAAUUUACGUGAAGAUGGAAAAGUUGGAGAUCAUGAUAAAGCUUUCUUCAGACCGGAAUAUAGACCAGGUUCUGUUGGAGUUCAAAGAGUAUGCUACAGAAGUAGAUGUAGAUUUUGUCAGAAAGGCUGUUCGUGCUAUUGGGCGAUGUGCCAUCAAGUUAGAGAGAGCAGCUGAACGGUGCAUUAGUGUUUUGCUUGAGCUGAUCAAGAUUAAAGUAAACUAUGUUGUUCAAGAAGCUAUUAUAGUUAUCAAAGAUAUUUUUAGGAGAUAUCCUAACACCUAUGAGUCCAUCAUUGCUACACUUUGUGAGAGCUUAGACACUCUAGAUGAGCCAGAGGCGAAGGCAUCAAUGAUAUGGAUAAUUGGUGAAUAUGCUGAAAGAAUUGACAAUGCUGAUGAGCUCCUAGAAAGCUUUCUGGAGAGUUUCCCUGAAGAACCUGCACAAGUCCAGUUGCAGUUGCUGACAGCAACAGUCAAACUUUUUCUGAAGAAGCCAACUGAGGGUCCACAGCAGAUGAUACAGGUCGUGUUAAAUAAUGCCACUGUGGAGACUGAUAAUCCAGAUUUACGUGAUCGUGCAUACAUUUAUUGGCGUCUUCUUUCAACUGAUCCCGAGGCAGCGAAGGAUGUGGUGUUAGCUGAGAAGCCUGUGAUCAGUGAUGAUUCAAACCUACUUGAUUCUUCUCUUCUUGAUGAGCUUCUUGCCAACAUAGCUACUUUGUCCUCCGUGUAUCACAAGCCCCCGGAUGCAUUUGUGACCCGCGUAAGGACUGCCCAGAAAACUGAAGAAGAUGACUAUCCUGAUGGGAGUGAAACAGCAUAUUCUGAUACACCUUCUCAUGCAGUUGAUAGUGGUGCAUCACCACCUGGUACUUCAAGUAAUGCUGCAAGGCAACCAGCCACUGGACCAGUUGUGCCUGCACCUCCUGCUGUGCCAGAUCUACUUGGUGACCUUAUAGGCCUGGAUAAUAGCAACAAUAGUAACAAUGCUAUUGUGUCUGUUGAUCAGCCUGCAGCACCUGCUGGCCCUCCUUUGCCGGUUCUAUUACCAGCGUCAACUGGUCAAGGCCUGCAAAUCAGUGCACAGCUGAUACGAAGAGAUGGUCAAAUAUUUUACAGCUUGUUGUUCGAGAACAACACACAGAUUCCCCUUGAUGGGUUUAUGAUCCAGUUCAACAAGAAUACAUUUGGCGUUGCUGCUGCUGGACCUCUUCAGGUCCCACAAUUGCAACCUGGGACAUCAGCAAGCACUCUCCUGCCUAUGGUGUUGUUCCAGAAUGUAGCUCCUGGUCCUCCAAACACACUUCUGCAGGUCGCUGUGAAAAAUAAUCAACAGCCUGUGUGGUACUUCAAUGAUAAAAUCUCAUUGCUGGUAUUCUUCACCGAGGAUGGGAGAAUGGAGCGUUCUACAUUUCUCGAGACAUGGAAGUCCUUGCCUGAUUCAAAUGAGGUGUUAAAGGACUUUCCUGGCAUUGUGGUGAACAGUGUGGAAUCAACCCUAGACCGGCUGGCCGCAUCAAACAUGUUCUUUGUUGCUAAACGUAAGAAUGCAAACCAGGACGUGCUGUAUCUCUCUUCUAAGAUCCCUCGGGGAGUCCCUUUCUUGAUUGAACUAACAGCAGUUAUUGGAAUCCCUGGGCUCAAGUGUGCAAUUAAAACUCCAAGCCCCGAAAUGGCUCCUUUUUUCUUUGAAGCCCUUGAAGCUCUACUCAAGAGUUGAUCACGUUUCCUCGGUGCUCUCUUUCUAUUUUACCUCCACUCUUUGUUUCUUGUUUUAUUUUUAUUUUCAUUUUUCCUCGAGUAAGAUUUUUUUGGGUGGGUUGGGAGUUUUGCGUUUGUACUGUAAAUUAUAGGUUACUGAUAUGGUGGUUGGUCUUUUCUGCUCCUACUCCUAGUCAUUUUAUACCAAUUCAACUCCUUCUCAUUGGAUUUUAAUUUGUUAGUAUUGAGUUUUUGUUACACUAUUAGACCUGACUGCAUCUAUUUUACCGAUCAAAUUGCUUCUCACAA